AUGUGACCGGCUCGCAAAACACAGCCAGACGGUUUCAGGAGACCAAAUGCCAGCUUCAUUGAAAAAGCUCGGUUAUCGAGAAUAGAGACAGGAGGGACAGACGUUUCCAGUGUGCAGACACACACAUAACAAUACACAGAAAGCUCUGGGGAACUCGGGGAAAAGGACAUUUUCACAGCCUCAAGAACUUCGAGCUGACAGCCAGACGGUGUAGUAGAAUUGCAGUGCAGUGCGUAAAGAAACUGAACGCAGCACCAGGAGACGGAACAGCUCACUGCGUUUACCAACAAGAGACAGUGAGGAGGAGUGAGAGAGAGACAGACUGAUUUUUUUGUAUUCUUAUAUUUUUUAUAUCAUAUUUAUUAAUUUAUAGCCUACGCGAACAUAUUUAUUUUUUUCCAAUUGUUGGUUCUGUUGGGGUCAGAUUUUUUUUCUUCUUCAUUUUUUGGAAUAUGGUUGGGGAAAUGGAAUCGAAGGAGAAACCUAAGCCCACCCCAGACUAUCUCAUGCAGCUCAUGAAUGAUAAGAAACUGAUGAGCAGCCUUCCCAACUUCUGCGGGAUUUUUAACCACCUCGAACGGCUGCUUGAUGAAGAGAUCAGCCGGGUGCGCAAGGACAUGUACAACGACACGCUAAACGGCAGCACAGAGAAGCGGAGCAGCGAGCUCCCUGAUGCAGUGGGCCCCAUCGUGCAGCUCCAGGAGAAGCUCUUUGUCCCUGUAAAAGAGUACCCCGAUUUUAACUUUGUGGGCCGGAUCCUGGGACCACGGGGGCUGACAGCCAAGCAGCUGGAGGCAGAGACAGGAUGUAAAAUCAUGGUGCGCGGGAAGGGCUCCAUGAGGGACAAGAAGAAGGAGGAGCAGAACCGAGGAAAGCCCAACUGGGAGCACCUCAAUGAGGACCUGCAUGUCCUGAUCACGGUGGAGGACGCUCAGAACCGCGCUGAGAUCAAGCUGAAAAGGGCCGUGGAGGAGGUCAACAAACUACUGGUGCCUGCGGCGGAGGGAGAGGACAGCCUGAAGAGGAUGCAGCUGAUGGAACUGGCCAUCCUCAACGGCACCUACCGAGACGCCAACAUCAAGUCACCUGCCCUUGCCUUCUCUUUUGCAGCGAACGCCCAGGCGCCCCGCAUCAUCACCGGCCCCGCCCCUAUGCCCCAGAAUGCCCUGCGCACGCCCACCCCGGCCGGCCCCACCCUAAUGCCCCUGAUCCGACAGAUCCAGACCUGCAUGCCCAACGGCUCGCCCCACCCGGGCGUCAUGACCCAGGGUCCCGAGGCGGGCCUCAUAUACGCGUCGCCCUACGAUUACCCCUACACGCUGGCCCCUGCCACCUCCAUCCUGGAGUACCCCAUCGACUCCAGCGGGGUGUUAGGUAAGAAUGCGUGCCCCUGCGAUUGCCCCGCAGCCCCCCACCAACACUACCACCCCCACGGCCAGUGGAACCCCGCCCCCACGCUGAUCCUGCGCCACACCUCCUAAAUAAUCCCCCCACCCCCCAGUCAGCAACAGAAAAAAACAUUCCAGCUCUUUACUGCAUCUUUCUUUUCACUGUCACGAGACACUUCUCUCAUCUAAAAAGCCCUUUAAGUAAUGUGUGCAUAAAUAAAUAGGCUGUUAAGUGCUCCACUGGCUCGAUGUGAAUUAUAAGAGGGAGCUGUUUUAUUUGGGAAAAGGUCCUUACCCUCCUCUCUCCCGGUCCCCGCAUACACACGUGGCCCUAUAGCUUUGAAAAAGCCACUUUAGAAAAUCAGAUUAGAAAUAUCAUAUUACCAACACAACGUGACUCCAUUAAGAAUGCUCCCAAAGGCACAGUGUAAACCUGAACUGCUAUCAAUGCAACAAAAUGCCAACAGCAGCUUGUCCAAUUGGGUUGAGCACAUUCUAAAUAGUCCGUCUGUACCGUGUCAGCCCGUAGCAGCCAGUUUUCUGCCCAGUGCAGUGGACCAAGCCUCCAACUGUGUGUCUGGGUGAAGGGAGAGGGGGUGUUACUGUGAGGAGAGGGGCGGGGGGUGGAGGUCGAGGAGCGGCGGAGCCCGGCGAAGAUUUCACCCUGUCUCUCUCUCUUGUGUAACCAAUACAGCGUCCUCAAAGGCCGAAGAGCUGCCCCUCUACCUGGGGUUUCAGACCUGUCACUUUCCCAUCACUGUGCAGCGAGGAGAGCCCUCCAACCGGCCUCCCUUUUAAAGAAACACCCCCUUCCCUCCCUCCUUCCCUCCAUCCCCUCACACAACACACACACACCUCCUCCUCCCCCCCUCCCUCCCUCCCCGCCACCACACGUUGGACUGGUCGAGGAUCGGCCCUCUCUGAACAACCACAAGCCACAUGGGGAAGCCUCAGCCCUUCCUCUUUGAACGUCUGUUCAAAGUGACGUGUGUGUUACUGAUCAACCCUUUUUGAUUUCCUGUCCUGAUGAUGAUGAUGAUAUAUCUGUGUAUGAUGAUGAGGGAGAAUAAGCACUGAGCCCCACACUGCUGGAGACCCCCCUUGGGGCGGGGUCCCCCGUCACCCUCUCUCUUGGGUGUGGCUCUGGGGCAUCGGGAGAGGUAACAUGCGGAGGUCGGGACAGAGUGGUUACGGAGCCAAGGGAGUGGUGGGGUGUGUUGGUGACGAGGUUAAAGCAUCUACUGUAGGCUUGACAGGCUUUAUUCACAAAGGGAUUUUAGGACUUUCUGUCCUCACACUGACAGUCUUUACUUCACUCUUAUCAUAAUAUUCACUGAAUAAUUUUUUCAGCUCAAGUGUAGCCACUCGAAACAACAGUAAGUGAGUGAACAACAUGGCCCUUUUGUAUAGAGCUUUUUUGUAUCGACUCAAAAGGAAUGUCCUAAAAUGGCUUUGGGAAUAGGGCCUGGUGAUGCUUCUCAAAGGACCGCCGGACACUCCUGGCACUAAUUCCCGGUUCCCUUCCUUUAUUCUAUAGGUGUGGCUUUCCCCACGAAAGGCUAAAAGAAUUUCAAGGAUCCUUACUGAGCCCCUCAUUCGAUCUAAGUGUUAACACACAGACACUUUUGUUUCCCCAACGGCCUCUUAGUAUAUCGAACCAUGAGUCAGGCCUAUAGCAGUCAGACAGACAGACCCCCUCACUACUGAUGUUUACACUGGCCCAACCUCCCCAAAGAGGCACAGCUCUUUAUACCAUGCAUGAUGUGUGUGUGGUGGUAGGUGCAUCCUGUACACACGCAGCCACACAUGUAUAUGUUGUUUCACUGACUGCUAUGUCUGGGCUUGAGAAUCUCGACAAAUACUGUCUCGCUUUACUAAUCACUUAAUUCAUUGCCUUUUUUCUUCUUUUUUUUUAAUAAGAGAUGUUACUUUUUUUAUUACUGCAAAUGUGCCUAAAAGCUUUCGUCUCUGGGCUUUAACCAGAGAGUGAGUGAUCAGUAUUAUAUUUCAAACGAAUAACUAGAGAGAUGCACUUCCUGAUGCUCAACCUGAGAUUAUGUGACUAGUAAAGCUCCCCUCUGUGUGUGUGUGUGUGUGUGUGUGUGUGUGUGUGUGUGUGUGUGUGUGUGAAUGCAUAAAUGCCUAAUGUCUGUGAAUCUGUAGCAAGGACUCGAGUCAAUGCUACUCCAUUGUCAUGGAUGUUACUAAGUCCAAUAUUUCUCCUUGUUGGAACAAAAUAUAUGAGUAUAAUUUGUGCCUUAACAUGUAUUUCUAAUGAUUUUUCCUAAUUUUGUUAGAUGUAUGGUCAUAUAUAAGCCUUUAUGAUAUGAUGAAUUGAAUUGAUGGAAAUGGUGAAGGAUGAAAUGACCUAAUCCUUGUUUUGGUCAUGUUGUUGCAAUCCGAGCAGGUGCAGUGACUACUAAAGUUCGAAGGCACGAACUGCGGGUCCAUCCUUACCAAAGGAUAGUGACCGCAGACCGAGGUUAGUUUAGCUCCUAUGCUUUUGUGUUUUAUUGCUAAUGCCUGCUCACUGUUGGUCCUGAUCUGUUUUGCAAUAUGUACAAAUUGUUAAGCUAGUCGUCCCAGUUUGUGAUGUGAUGCAACAUACUGCACCCCCUUCCUACUCUUGGCCUCUGAGAACGUUCAUUUAGGUGAUUCUGAGGAAUAGUGACCACAACACAGUAGGAUAAUGAUGCUUUUGCUAUCUAGGUAGAGACACAAACACGCAUACCUGCAUUUAUAAAACAAACUACUCCACUCCAUUAUUUCGAUGACUUUAUGAAUCUGACAUGAUGUUGAUGACAAAUAAUGGACUAUACCCCUUCUAAAAGAAAGAAGAUACAAUUAUCUGUGUUUUAGUUUCCCCCUCUGUUGAACGAGAAGUUUGCAAUUUUAUGCACUUAAGUCUUCAACUCCUUAUUAAGUGGAUAAUGUAACACUAUAAUUGAUCGAGUAUGUCCAUUUGUAUUUAUUUGUUUGCGGAAAUUACUUUUUGGAGAAUCUGACCCAUUUUAUUGUCAAAGACAACACAAAAGUGGGUGUAAACCUGUCAUGUCCUAUUUGUUUUUUGUUUUCACUGUCUAAUUGGACUGCAGUAGCUUCCCAUUUUUACUACAGUAAUUUAGAUACAAAAUGACAUUGUUUAUUUAGUGUCAAAAGUCUCAACAGCGGCCUUAUGAGUAGAGAGGGGUGGACACGCGGUGGGCUUUAGACUGGAAAUAGCUUCUUCUGCAGAUAGGUAAACAAACACAACUGCCAAACCCUUUACUCUCUGAAGUCUACCCAUUUCCUGCCCUCCUUUUUUUUGAGUCCAUGCAGAACUUUUACUACCCUUACUGAAUAAUUGAGAAUAAUUGAGGAAGUUAUUGGAGAAGGAACCAUGUGUGAAGUUACACAGGCAACUAGGAAUUUGCGGGAUCUGUAGUCUACAGUGUCUUCUCUUUUUUCAUCCUUAGACCUCAGUGCUCCAAACAACAAGUGUGCCUUGUACAUGCACACACUGUGUAUCAUCACAUUUACAUUUGAUUACAGAUAAUUACUCGUACCUAAUCAAGGAAACGGUUGCAAUGUGCCAGGGGAUUUGAUGCCAAUGCCAAUUGAAAACAGCCGACAAGCAGUGUAUUUAUCAAUAAGGCUACAUUUUAGUACAUACAUUGAAAUAGAACAAUCCAGUGAAAUUAAAUGAAAGUUCAAUAACCAAUUAAUUAAUCACCUUUUUUUUGCUGCUAAAUGAUAUGGAACACUUAAAGAGAGAGUUCACCCAAAUUACAAAAUAACAUAUUGGUUUCUUUACCCUGUCAGCCGUCGGACAAGGUAUGACACAGCAACACAUGUUUUGGUUUAGUUUCCCUGACACUGUGUCCACAGUAAUCCAUUUUGUAAUUUGGGUGAAUUAUCCCUUUAACAUAUAGCACUGUAUGUUCAUCAUGUACAGUCAUAGUGUCGCACUUUAUACGUUGUUGGAUAUUGCUUGAAUCCUUUUACUCUUAAAAAGAAAACGUAUUUAUGCCUAUCAUCAACAUGACCCGUCACAGUAAUGAGAGUCAGUGAUUGUCUUUACAAAAAAAAGUUCAGAUACACACAGUAUAUUAUACAGACUGUAUCUAAGGAUAUUCAGAUUUCACUGUAGAGCAGACUGUGAAUUGCCUCUGAAAACAUUACAGGACGAAUCUGCCCUAAAACAAAUAAGUAAUGUAAAAAAUAACUGUAACAUGGAGUUCCUUAAGAAGUGCAUAUUAUUACUAAAAGGUCAAACCUUAAUCAACAGUAAAAAAAUCUGAUAAUGGUAACGGAUAGGUAACACUGACUUAAUUAAUGAGAAACCAACAUCAGAUUAAAUUGCACAAAGGCCUGUAUUUAAUCUACCUCUUCAUAGGUUUGGGCCCCAUACUCUGAUUAACAGUUUUACAACAUUAAAAGUUUGGACAACACUUUAUCCAAACAUUAAGGUAAUACAAUAUAAUAUGAUUGACAUUUGUGAUUCAGUGCGGUUCGGAUGGUGAACCAUGAGGCAGGUGGAUUGAAUGCAGGCCAACCAGUCAAACCUGUGUGUUUAGAGGUAGGCUGUCUCUGAUGGAGGCAGAUGUAAAAUGGCAUCUGAAAUGUGGGUUUCUUUAUCAGCUCAUGUUGGCAAAGAUGUUGAACAGUCUCAGUAUAGUAUCAAAUAAGUGCAUCAAUUGGGUCUAGAGAUUUAUACAGUAUAUUCUGAUUUAGAUUUUCCUCUGGACAUUUUACAGUGCAUUUGAAAGCGUUUACAACAGCUCUCAACGAUACACAGUUUUCUCAAACUCUUAGUACAGUAAGAUUUACAGUCUCUUGUCAAUCUGGUGAAGAAGCCACACCUUUCUGUUUUCUUUACAUCUGUUGCACUUUGCUUCAUUUGAAAAGAGAGACAUUACGCCACAGAACUUAUUUUGCACUGAAUGAUUUAAAAAAGUUAAAAGCAUUUUUUUUUUUUUUAUCUCUUCUGCUCCAGUCAGAAGGGCAGACAUGUUUAAAAAGUGACAACUACGACAAACCUCAGACGAUGAAAUAAGUAAAUGAAUACAUGUAUGAUCUAAGCUGAAGAAGUCUUAAACGGACCACUGUGGAGUGGACAGAGAAUUCUAGGGUUCCACUUUAUGGGUGAGAAAUUGCCAGAGUAUGAAUGCAUUUAUUGAGAAGGAAACAAAUCACCUUGAGACAUUUUUUUAACGUUUUACUGUAAGCUUCUUUUUAUUUGUUGUUGUUGCAAAGAAAAUAGUAUAUACUUGUGGCUUCUUGAAAUAUAUAUAAAUAUAUAUAUUAAAAAUAUAAAGCAGGAAUGUAUAUGAAAUGUCAGAUUUUACUUGUAUUUUGCAAAGAAAUAGCCAGGAUUAUUCUAGAGAGCUAUUUGUAGGAAAGACACAUAGCAGCUUUAUAGAACCACUUUAGAAAAUGUCCUAUAUUUUUGAAUAUAUUUUAGGGCUUUAUACAAAAGACAGGACCUUUUCAGUGUUUAUAUGCAAGUGCAUUUUAUAUUAUGUGUCCUGUGAAUUGUCUAUUGUCUCCUAAGCUGAGGGUACCGGCUGAAGUGACAGCUUUAGCAUGCUCACGGCUUCAACUUCCAUGGCUAGUGUGCUAUUCUAGAAAAUACCAUGUAGUGUUGCUUUGUACCAUUAAGGCAAGGAUUUUCAUGUUUGUUGUAAAUAGAAAACAUACUUUAAAAAGGCAAUAAAAAAUUAUAUUGAGUAAAAAAAAGCUAUACACACUGUUUUGGCCCUAAAUGAUUUUGUCCACAAUGAUGUGGUCUUCUUGAAUUUCUCAUUGUAUCCUCUCUAAAUUCAUUUAUUCUAUAACAAUAAGACUUAUUAAUAUUCGUUUCCAUCACUACUAGCCGCUUGACUCUUGAACCUCUGAAGGGCUCUAAUGACUCUUAACAGUCAGUUAACAAUCAUUUUACUGACUGUUGUCCAAGACUAUUCCUUCCUCCAUCUCAUUUUGAUCUUUUCUUCUGCCUUGAUUUACUGUCUAUUCACUUGACUGCUACUAACAAUUAGACAUACUGUUAUUGUCUUAUUUAAAUUUCCUCCUUUUUAACAUUUGAGCUAUGGGGGGGUGGGGCUGUCGUUCAUAUUAUGUAAAAUCAUGCUUUCAUGAUUUUAUGACACUGUAUUAAAAUAUAUGAAGAGUUAUUCCUGAAUUAUUGGAUUCAAUCAACCCACCAUAUGAAUUGUCCUGUAUCUAUACUAACAAAAGAAUGCCUUCCUUUUUUUUCUCCUUUUUUUUUACACAACGUUCUCGCUCCAGCGCUCUGGCUUUGGUCAAAGGUGUUGUGAAAGAUAUGGAAACACAUUGUGACACGUGUAAGUUGGUCAGUCCCAGUUAUGGAGAAAUCGUAUGGUGGGUUGAAUGGAUGCAAGGUAUAGCUCUGAUUGGUUAAAUCAUAUUGUCAUCCUGCUGUCACUAGCCGAGACUAAUCUCCUCUCAAUCUUUGUUCUUUCCUUUCCUUUUUGUUUCUCUCCUUUAUUAUUUUUCUCUCCUUUCUGUUUGUUUGUUUCCUAACCCUCCCCCCAGCCGCCACUGGCAACUAACCCCUGACCUUCUGACCUCUGAACUCUUCACACAUGAUGACCUGGCCAUUGCCUGCCCGCAGAUCAGUUCUCCGGUAGAAAGAAAGAACACAUAAAGCAGCCUUGGCUUGUUACAGUCAGUCAUGGCACAGCUUCUCAUCAGCCGAAUAAUGGACACACUAUAAUGGCUUGGCGGGCCACUCCUGCCUGCCCUGUCUGCUUAAUAGGGGGACUGACCCUGGCUCUAGACCUGCACUGAAUCAUUGUUAAGCAAUAAGGUCUGAAAUGCCCCCUCUGAGUGUCACUGAACGAGUCCCCAGCCAGGCAACUUCCAAACACACCACACCAUACUCUAAAACACCCUGGUAACGGCUGGUCGCCUCAUCCGGACUGAAGAUGAAGAAGGUCGGCACCCUCCCACCCCUCCGACCGCCCAAACCCACCGUACGCAUGUCGCCCAGGUGACUUUCCCACUGUCAUGGUAACGGAGCUGGCUCUGAAUGUAUAGCAGCGCGGUGAGGCCUUCCCGAGCAGAGUGCAUGCACCUCUCUCUGUCUCUCUGUCUCUGUCUAUGUCUCUCUCUCUGUCUAUGUCUCUCUCUCUCUCUCUCUCUCUGUCCACCCAUAUAUCCUUGCCAACUGAUUACCCCUCUCCCUUCACUGACUCUCUAUGAAAUCCUGGUUCUGUUAUGAAAUGGAAAUUGAGGGGUGUUCAUUCUAGCAGGACUUGAAGAGAGACUAGGGGUCAAAAAGAGUAUCAAGCGUAUAGAAGGUGGAGUACCUGUCCCGUUACCUGGCAUUGUUGUUGUUUUUCUACCAUGAAGGAAGAUCUUGCAGUCAACUGUUUUUUUUAGGAUGUAAAAGCCAUGCUUGCCUAUCUGCUGUACAAAUGUAUUGAAAUUGUAGAUACAUGUGUAAAAAUGGGGGAGAGAACACCCUAUGUAAAGAAAAUAGACACUUUUAUUAUACAUGGGUGCUCAUGGCAAAGAGAAAUAUCUAUUUUUCAAAAACAUAGUCUUUUAUAUUUUCAAGUAUUGUAAAGAGAAAUUAAAAAUUAAACCCUUUAUGUCAUGAAAACAAUCCUGUUUUCUUUCUGUGGAUGGAGAGGUGAAGACCAAAACAACCUUUCAUUUGAUUUCGGGGUUGAGCAUUUAACUGAAGUGGAAAAACAACAAAGUGCCUUAUUAUGGUUUCUGAUAUCUGAAUGUGUCAUCCUCAGCCUUUAAGCUGCAGGCCAGGUCAGUACACACAGUCUGUCAGCCACAGAGAUGCCCUUAGACGGAGUCAGUCACCUCAGCCUUGUUGCUACACUAGUCAGACACAGUAGGUCUCCUUCCACCAUCAUUUAAGUGUGACUCUAGGUAGGUACACAAGUUCUUUUUGGUGGCUCCAUAGAGUAGUAAUAUCAGUUAUAUAUUAGUAAUAUACCAAUUGUGUCGGAGUCUAGGUCAUUAGACCCUUUGGUACAAUGUCCUAAAGCAGGGAUCAUCAACUAGAUUCAGCCACGUGACAAUUUAUUUUUAAGUGGAUGGUCAGGGGGCUGGGACAUAAAUACAAAUAAUUUGUAGACUGCAAAUGUACCGCAAGAAGCCCAAACAGAAAUCAUAUUUGACUAAAACAUAAUAGUUUCAAACCUUGCUCACAUUUAUAUAUGAUCACAAAUAUCACUCUAUUACGCGUGGUAAUACUUUGGAAGAGAUUUCCAAAAUUAAAAUCACUUGGAGCUGAUUUGCCUGUUUUUACAGUCUUGUGGGGCCAAUUAAAAUCUCCUGUGGGCCAAAUUCAGCCCGCGGGCCAGUUGGGGAACCCUGUCCUAAAGGGACAAAUAUAUGAUAAAAGAGAGCUGUAACAUGUCCAGUUCGUAUCUGAACUGAGAAAAUGAUUGGCCUUAUACUAUUUCACUGUGACGCCCCUGAGACUCCGGUUGUCUUUGUCUGUUGAGGAUUUCCUCAGAGUUCCCCAAUUAUUAUUUCCAGUAGUAUGCUACUCAUGCCAGUUCCUAGGUUUUACACACAAGGACAUCUUGACAUGCAUCGUCUUUACAGUUAGUAGUGUUAGAAGUGUCAUUCUGGACUGCCUUAUGUAGGAGUUGUCAUUGGCAUAGACAUCCCACUACCCGUGGAGCUGACAUCCCACAUCCCUCUACCAUGAUGUAUCUCUCUACCACCUAUCCCAUUAGAUGAGGACGUGUCUGUUUCUGCCCUCCUGAUUUACUUCCUAUAAAGGAGUAUUGGGUCUAGUCUUACUGCUGACUCGACACGUGCUGUGUUAAUUGGAGGAGAAGGGUUUAUGUCAUUGUGGUACCUAGUGAUUGACUGUAAAGCCUGUGUGUACUUCCUGGUCUGCACCAAAAGAUUGCUCCACAUCCCCCUCUUUAUUUACUAUGCAACAGAAUGGCCUCUGGUGGUGUAUGAAGAGUUUCUGUGUCUCAGAUUGUCUUCAUGUGUGCCAUUUCUUUUCAGUUACAGUAUUUAUGUUUGCGAAAUGAUUCUGCAGUGCAAUUGCAUAUUAUUAUAAUCCAUUAUAAAUGAUGAAUACGUAUGGAUUCUCAAUCAUUAAUAUGAUAUGUGUUAUUAUCAUUGUUAUCGGAAGUCAUUAUUAUAUAAGACAAUGGAUUGACUUUGAAGCGAGGCGAAUAUGAAUAUUUUACAUAUAAUUGUACUGGUGAUAAAAGAAUGGUAGCAAACAAAUGGUUUCCUUGGUUGUGAGUGAAGAGACAUCAGAACCAAUAUAGAAUGACAUCCCAUCCCUAAGUAAUGUUACUGUUAUGCUAUUAUCAGAGAUUUUUUUAUUUAUCUGUACCAUUUUGACAGCAUUAUUCUUGACCUGGUGUUUUUUUUCUGAGUGUGCAGAUCAAGCGUGUUAUUCUGUAGGACCCCAUGCUGUCGAACAACUGAUCCUGUUAGCAUUUACUCCAUGGAUGGUGUGCGACCAUACCCAAAUGAUUUCCUAUGAGAAAACGAUAUGUGUAUUUGCAGCCAUUGUUACAAGUUUAUAAUGUAUUUUUCUAUCUUGUUUUAUAUGUGUGUAAGGAAAAAAAAUGUUAAAUGACUUACAUAAACGACAAAAGCAGCUACAUUAUUUGUUUGAUUUUGAGAUUCUUUGUAGUUUAUUAAAUCUUUUUUUUUCCCCUAAUCCUGGUCCUGGGGAACCAAAGAGGUGAACACCUGAUUCCUCUAACGAUCAACUCAUCAUAAAACCUUUGAUUAGUGGAAUCAGGUGUCUAGGGCAAAAACAAAUAUGUGCACCUCUUUGGGCCCCCAGGACCAGGAUUAAGAAACACUGCAUUAAAUUGACUCCUUGACAAAGUCUUAUCUCUAUUACUGAUUCAGAUCAUUUAACUUUUUCCUUUCCUCCCAUGUUUUGUUGUGACGUGUUAGACUUAGCCAGUAUUAUUUAAUAAAUGAUUCCAAACAGA